GGCUUUUUAAUCUCUUCCAUUUAUUCCUUUUCUCUCUUUUUUUCUCUCAGCCUUAGGAGCAGAGUAGUGAAGAAAAGGCUUGAGGAGUUGAGGAAGUUCUGGCAGCUUGGAGGGCUGCGGAUUGAGGAUAAGAAAAGAAGCUGAUCCAAGUAAGAAAUCAGCUGAGGAAUUUUAGCUAGUAGCUGAAUAAACAAAGAAGAAGUGGGGCAGCCUUGUAGCUUGCUGGUUCAAGUAGAGAAGUUGAUCCGAGCUGAGGAAGGUUGAUGAAAUUGAUGCGUUAAGGGAUCUCCUUGCUGGUCCGAACUGAAAGGGAUUUCCUAGCAAGGAAUUCCUGCUGUUGGAGUUGCUGAACAACUUGGCUAGAGCAUCUAAAUUAAGGAGAGCCCUCAGGUGUUCCGCCCGCCCGAGGAGAGCGACAGUGAUGCAAGGAGUGCGCCCGCGAUCGAGAAGGUUUAGUGCUCGUCUUCCUCGGGCAACAACGAGGUUCAGAUCAACGAGUGAAAGUUUGAUACCAGAUAUGGAGGAGAAAGGUUUUUUUCAAGUGAAGUUCAAUUAUGCUGGGUAUUUUAAAACAGUAAAAACUGCAUGUGGAUUGAGAUAUUGUGAUGGUAAGAAGCAUUCGUUGAUGAUAGAUCUUGGUGGUUAUAAUCUGUUUGGGUGGCUACGGUUGGAAGGAGAUAUAUCUACAUCUGAACUGCGGAAGAGACUGCAACAAAAAUAUCACGUGGACUUGACCUACUCCAAGAUAUUUAGGGGAAAAGAAAUGGCAUUGUCUAAGAUUCAUGGGCAUUGGGAGUAUUCGUAUCAAAGAAUCUUUGAUUUUAAAGAGGAAAUUGUGAGAAGAAAUCUUGGCAGCCACGUGGAGGUAAAGCUGGAAGUGAUUAACGGAGAGUAUCAUUUUCAGCGAGUUUUUCUUGCAUUUGGUCCAUGCAUACAAGGAUUCCUCAAUGGAUGUAGACCUUACAUUGCAUUAGAUGGAUGCCAUCUCAAAGGAAAGCAUAGAGGAGUUUUGGUAUCGGCCACAAGUAUUGACGGAAACUCCUCAAUUUUUCCAGUAGCUUUUGGUGUUGUGGAGUCGGAGAACUCGAAUAGUUGGGAAUGGUUUCUUCAUGGGUUGAAGACAGCCAUAGGAGAUUUCGAAGGCCUUGUAUUCUCAUCAGAUAGACAAAAAGGCUUAGAUGAGGCCGUUCAAGUUGUAUAUCCAAGAGUUGAACAUAGAGAAUGCAUGCGCCAUCUUUAUGCCAAUUUCAAGAAAAAAUUUCGUGGGGACUGCUAUAGAGACUCACUGUGGGCUGCAGCAAGAGCAUAUACACCUAAUGUUUACGAAACUAGCAUCGCUAAGGUGUAUGAAACAAAUCCGAUGGCAUUUGAAUACUUGCGGCAAAACCACAGUUAUUUGUGGAGUCGAAGUAAAUUCGGAACCAUUGCUAAGUGUGAUUACUUGACUAACAAUAUAUUUGAAUCAUUCAACGCAUGGCUAUCUAAUGAUAGGCAUAGACCACUGAUUGAUAUGCUUGAUACUAUCCGCCAAAAAAUAAUGGUUAAGAUGGAGGAUAGAAGAAAUAGAGCAAGAAAAUGGGAUUCAGAAAUUGUACCAACGGUUCUCAAAUAUGUAAACAAUAUAAGCAAGGGUUUGGGUCAAUAUGAGGUGUUAUGGAGUGAUGAAUUUUCAGCAGAAGUUAUUGGACCGCAAUCAAGGUUUGAGGUGAGACUACAUGAUAUGCAGUGUAGCUGCAGGUUAUGGCAAGUGAAAGGUGUGCCAUGCAUUCAUGCAAUGUCAGUAAUAGGUAAAUUAAAACAUGAAAAGUGGGAAAAUUAUGUGCACCCAUAUUUUACGGUGGCCAAAUAUAAGGAGGCCUAUGCUAGUUCCAUUGCACCAUUACCCAGUUGUGAUCAAUGGGUAAAAAUUGAUAUCGGUCUUCGUGUAUUACCUCCUAUUUUAAAAAGGCCAGCUGGGAGACCUCGAAACAAGCGAAUUAGAGCAUCGGAUGAGAUGGCAAUCAGGAAGAGACAUCGAUGCAAAAGAUGCAAUAAGUUAGGCCACCGUGCAAAAACAUGCAAGAACCCUGUCGAUGUGAAUCAACAGGCUGCUGCAGGACCAUCUGAAGCAGCAAAUCAACAGCCUGCUGCAGGACCAUCUCAAGCAGCGAAUCAACAGCCUGCUGCAGCAGGGAAUCAACAGCCUACAGGACCACCACAAGUAGGUAAUCAGCACUCUAGAGCACCAAUUCAAGCAGAGAAUCAGCAAGCAGGGGAUCCGCACUCUGAACCACCAUCUCAAACAAGUAUUAGUAGUGGCAAAAGGCGUAGAGGAAAGAGGGUAGCAUCGAGAUCAAGACACUUACAGUCUCAAGAUGGAAGUACUAUUUCUGAAAUUGAUGCACUUGGUAGUCUAGAAAAUUAAGAUUUGGUUUAGACAAACAUGCAAUGGCAGUGAAAGCCUUAUUUUGGUAGAUUUGAAUGGAUGUAGUGACAGUCUUAUGUUGGUAGAUUUGAAUGUAUGUAGUGAUAGCCUUAUUUUGGUAGUUACUUGAACUGGUGGGUACUUGAAGUGCAAUCAGCCUCUGAAUGGUUGUAUGCAAUAUUUUGAUUUGAAUUUGGUCUACUUGAUGCUUGAAAGAGUGGGUGCUUGAAAUGGAACUUGAUGCAAUAACAAUUUUUGUACUGGUUUGAAACUUGAAUAGCAGUUGUUUUGGUUU